UGGUAUAAUAUAUGUGAUAUGAAAGGCGAAGAUAACAAAGCAAUGGGGUCUUAAUUCUUUCAGAGAAUCCAACUGUAACUUUACAAGAUUCAACAACCUCCCUCUCCUAUUUCAAAGUUAGGUUUUACCGCAUGUUCCUCCGCUAAUUCAAGCGCUCGACCCCUCUGGUUUCCUUCUUGCAACACACCUGAACUAGCUGAGAGACCCCAUUUUCCUUUUUUUUUUUUUUGGUCGCCGCCUCAUGUUUUUGGUCAAGUUUCAUUGAUGGGUUUUGUAUUUCAGAGGCUUUUCUCAAAUGGUUAAAGAUUUUUUUUUCGGAAACUUUGGGAAAAUCGGUUAUUUUAUGGUCUCUGGCUGGACUUUUUGAGAAAUGGAGUUUUUGGUUUGAUGGGUUUGGCUGUACAUGAGUUGUUUUUUAUUGGGUAUAGCUUGUAAUUAUGAUAAAUUAGGCUUUUAUUUUCUUCUUGUUACGUUGUUGCUGUUCUUGAUAAGUGGGGAUUUUUUUUUUUUUUGUGGGAAUGGGGUCUGUUCAAUGAUGGGCUUCGUAGUAAAGAGGUUGCUUUCAAUUGAGUAGAGUUUAGGUAUCUGUUCACAAAUGUGUGUGUUGUGCAGUUGCUGUUGUUUGCGACACCGGUAUUGUUUGAUUAUCUGAAGAUUUUAUAGACUGAGAAAGGUUGCAUUACAUUAAUCUGUUUGAUGAACUGGUUCAUUUGUUAUUUUCUUUGUAGUUUCGAUUGAUUAUUCUUUGUUCGAGCUCAACAGUGUUUUUUAGUUCCGGGGAAUUGGAUACUGAUAUUGCACUGUGGUUUUUUUUACUAUUGGCCUGAAAUGGUGGAGUACUUCAUUUUCUAAGAUUCUAAGAUUUAGAAAUAGGUAUCAAGUUUGGAUUCAUCUAUUGUUCUCUUCAGGUUUCUGUUAGUCAAAGUCGACCUAAAGGGAAACUGCUGUUUUGCGAAAUUUGGUUUGUGUUUUCUUCUGUGAAAGAGAGAUCACAAAUGGAUUUGUGGUUUGUUGUAGCUGCAGCAGCUGCUGGAUAUUUAGCCAAGUAUUGGCAGAAUGUUUCUAGGGAUAACUUGUCAAAGUUGUCUUCAAAGGGUCCAAACAUUGAGAAAUCUGAGUCUCCUAGCAGCUCCUUUUGCAGUUUGGCACAGAGGACAAAUCUAGACAAAGAUGUUUCUAUGGAUAAGAGAAAAGUUUUGGACCAUAGUUAUUCUGAUAGGCAUGAAUCAGAUGGUGUUUCAGUUGCAGAAGUAGCUUCUACUGGUAAGAUUGAUAGUGAAAAGCUUGGAGGCUUAGGAAAUUAUGAAUAUUGUGAUUUACUUUCAAUAUCCACCUUACCACCCAUAUUGUUGCAUGGGGAAAACCUAGAAGAAAGUGGAUUGAAUGGUGAUAUCGUUGAUGAUUCUGGUAACCCUUCUACAUUGGAUAUGGGUUACUUUCAUGGUUCUGGGAUGCACAGAAGCUCUCUUAGAUAUAAACAUUCACAUCGCCAUUUUGUCAAACCUCAAAAUUCCUUUGAAAGUUGCCUUAUGGCUGAGCUACACCCUAAACACAUGAAAAUGGAAGAGUUUGUUCUUAGUCCCCUUCCAUCACCAUCAAUUCCAACUGUUAGGCCAUUGCAUGUAACUGAUGGAAGCUGGAUAAUUAACAGAGCAAGCAGCGAUUUUGGAAGUGCAAGGUUUAGGAUUGAUAGUAAUAUGCUGCAUAAUGAAGCCCAUUCAGGAAAGUGUGAAAACGUACUAGGAGUUCCUCCGCUACCCCAAAUCAGCUCUUUGGAUGUCCCUAAGAAGAUGAAAUUUAAGUCGGGAAAUGGCCAGGUUGGAAGGUUGAGCAGUUCCAGUAACUUUAGUAAUGGAUCACUAUUUCGCACUCAAGGUUCACAGGAUGGAACAGCUCUCUUUUGUCUUGGAAUUUUCAUUGGUGUAAUAUUCUCUUUCUUACCAAAUAAAAGAGAAGUAUACAAAUUGAAGGAGUUGUUGAGGCAAACAGACAACUUGGUCCAAGAUCUACAAGAGGAACUUGCGAUGAAAGAUUCAUUGACUGUGAAGGAACUAGCUGUUGAGAAUUACAAAUCACCAGAUACAUGUGACAAUUCCUUUCAUGAGAGCAUGACAAAUACUUUUCGCCCACAACAAUUGGACAUAAAGUUUGAUGAUAAAGAAUUGUGUGAUAAGAAAACUGAUGAGGGAUCAGAAGCUCUGAGUAAAAUUGAAGCAGAGCUUGAAGCUGAACUUGAGAGGAUGGGACUAAAUAUGAAUUCAUCUAGCUUGGAUAGAAGAUUGUGUGAUUGUGAUGAGCUUGACCCAGACUUUGAAGCAGAUUUAGCUCAAGGUGAAUUGAGAACUGACAUGAUCAAUAAGCAAUUUGCUGACCAACCUGAGUCGGAUAAAGAUGCAAGUGGAACCUCCACAAGUCAUUCUGCCAAUUAUGAAGUCUCGCCCCGGGAGCUGAGCUUGCGUCUGCAUGAAGUGAUUCAAUCAAGAUUGGAAGCCCGUGUGAAGGAGCUUGAAGCAGCCCUUGAGAACAGCCACUGGAAGUUGAAAUGCUUGGAAUCCAAGGAAAAGAACUCUUGGAGGAAGUUAUCUAGCAGUGAACUUAGAUAUUCUUCCGAUGAAGAAGGUUCUAUAUUUAGUGAAUACAAUUCCACAGCUGAACCUGUAGUUAUGAAUUUAUCAGGGGAAGCUCUAGAUGCAUACAAUGAGGCUUAUGAUGAACAAAUGAAGGCAAAUGAGUCAGAAGAAGAGGAUUCACCAUCAGGGUUUUAUGAAAAGAAUUGUCAUGAUGGAAGGGUAAAUGGUUCUUUGGCACAUCUAACACACAAUACGGAGAUAAUAUCAAAAGAAUCCAAUUAUAAUCUAGGUGGUGAUGAUAACAGUGACUUUGAUGAUGAGAUGCAGAAGCAACUGAUAAAACAAAUAGUAGAGAAAACCAGGAAAGGUUCUCCAGCAGUUCUGAACGCUCAAAAAUGGUUGUUUUUUAUGGAAAAAGAUGAGCACUGAAAUGAAACAAAACAAAUUUUUGCAGUGUGUAUAUAGUAAUAAGGGGUUAGACCAACCACUCAAUUGUUGAUUCUAACUUGUACAAUAAUACCUUAUUACAAUACCAGUGUUCGUACUGAUAACAUCUCUCAAUUAAAACGGAGGUGAUUGUUUCCUUCA